UCUUGAGUCCUCACCAAAGCAGCGACGCACAGCAAGCCUCCUCAUCCCAGCCACACCAGUGACCCGCAGCAAUCCUCACCGAGCUACAGCUUUAGCACAGCCACAGCGACCACCGCACACACACACAGUCAACAGCCACCAGAGCCAUGGCGCCCAUCCAGCAGUUUGUCUCCACCGCAGCCUCCAACAGCAGGAGCACCAGUGACCUGACCACCGGCAGCACGCGUGACUUUGUCAACAGUGUCCACAAGGUGAAGGAGAACUACAGCAGCAACAGCAGCAGCAUCUCCUCCUCUAGCCACAGCGACGCAGCACACAGCAGCAUGACCGGCAGCAGACCCGGCGACGCGACACAGCAGGAGACGCUGCUGCCCAUCUCCUCCAGAGGACACUUCUUCAGCGACGCCUUCUUCGAGGACGCCCGCCAGCACUUCGAGUCGGCCGUGAGGAAAGUGCUGGAGCGGCGCGGCCACAGCAGGUCCAGCGUACACGACGACCUGACCAGCUACAGGAUGCUGCGGCAGGCUGACCUCAGCGAGAGCACGCAGGCCGCCACCGUCACGGAGAACGCCACCUGCCACCAGGUUGUGAUGGACGUGCGGGACUUCAUGGCGGGAGACGUGAAGGUGAAGGUGGUGGACGAGGACGAGGUGGUGGUGGAGGGCAGCGUGGGGCACAGAAGCGGCGGCUCGGUGUCCCAAAAAAGUUUCCGUCGCAGCUUCACCUUCCCGGGGCUGGUGAAGGCCGCGGACAUCACCUCCACCAUGUCCUCCGACGGCGUCCUCACCGUCACGGUGCCCAAGAAGGAGCACGUGGGAAAGAUCACCAACAUCACCGUUCAGGAAUAUAACACCCCCAGCAGGCCGGCCGCCGGCUUGCCGACCGCCAGCAGGCAGGACGCCGACUUUCCGACCGCCAGCAGGCCGUCCGUCUGCAGGCCGACCCCCAGCAGGCCUGCUGCCUGCUGGCGGCCUGCCGCCGGCUUGCCGACCGCCAGCAGGGAGGUCGCCGACUUUCCGACCGCCAGCAGGCCAGUCGUCAGCAGGCCGACCCCCAGCAGGCCUGCUGCCUGCUGGCGGCCUGCCGCCGGCUUGCCGACCGCCAGCAGGGAGGUCGCCGACUUUCCGACCGCCAGCAGGCCAGUCAUCAGCAGGCCGACCCCCAGCAAGCAGGCCGCCUGCUGGCGGCCGGCCGCCGGCAAGCCCAGCUGCUGAGGCCGCUGCAGGGAAUCUAGCGUAGAGUCUCCUUCAGACCCCCGCCCCGGGUGACGGCUGCCCGCAGUGCCCGGGGACGUGAGGGAGGAGAGUUCACACUGUCAUAGUGACUUCCUCUACCUACAUGUUACACGAUUUUUUUUUUUCAGAGAAAAGCAAUUAGUUAUAUUUUUUUAUUUAUAUUUUUCCUUAAUAAAGACGAAAUUCAA